AUCUCAGCCGUCCAAAAACUAGUGGCCCUCACACACUUGCACCGCCUCUCACACGGUGUUAUAUAUAUGCGUAAGCCCUUCACGUUCUUCAUUCAUAGUAUUCUUGUGAAGGUUUGUUCCUCAAGUUUCUCGAACCGUCUUCUCUCUUUCCUCAAGAAGCAAUCUGUGUUUGGGUGUUUGAAGUUUGUAUAAAGAAAAGUACAUGGUUGAGUUGGAAAUCCAAGUUCCCACCCCAUUUGACCCAUUUGCUGAGGCUAGAGAAUCGGAUGCUCCAGGAGCGAAGGAGUAUGUGCACAUUCGGAUCCAGCAGAGGAAUGGAAAGAAGAGUCUGACCACAGUGCAGGGGCUGAAGAAGGAGUUUAGCUACGAGAAGAUUCUCAAAGACCUCAAGAAAGAGUUUUGCUGCAACGGCAAUGUGGUGCAGGACAAGGAACUUGGCAAGAUAAUUCAGCUCCAAGGUGAUCAGCGCAAGAACGUCUCACACUUCUUGGUCCAGGCAGGCCUUGUCAAAAAGGACCAGAUCAAGAUUCAUGGUUUUUGAUUGUUCUUGUUUUCUGCUGUAUUGUACUGCUUUUCUUGGUGGGGUUCUUUGUUUUGAUUGUUUUGAGGUUUGAAGUUUGAAGUUUGAUUUGUUUCUUUUGUUGGAUGAGUGGUGUUUGAAUAAGUUUGGUUUGGUUGGGUUGGCUUUUCCAAUUGUGAUGAUUGGAUCUCAUGGAUGGUGUUGGUGAACUUGAAUGUAAGAUAAGCAGAUUAAAUUCAAUAAAACUGAUGCUUUUGUUUUCAGAA